UACAGGCGGCCGGGUUUAAUGGCAGAGCUGUUUUCUUUCCAAACUGUGCAAAAUGAUGAACGAAGAUGCAGCUCAGAAAAGCGACAGUGGAGAGAAGUUCAAUGGCAGUAGUCAGAGAAGGAAAAAACCCAAAAAGUCUGACAGCAAUGCAAGCUUCCUCCGAGCCGCCAGAGCAGGCAACUUAGACAAAGUCGUGGAAUAUCUGAAGGGGGGCAUAGACAUCAACACCUGCAACCAGAAUGGACUCAACGCGCUUCACCUGGCUGCCAAGGAAGGCCACGUGGGGCUAGUUCAGGAGCUGCUGGGAAGAGGGUCUGCUGUGGACUCCGCCACCAAGAAAGGAAAUACUGCUCUUCACAUUGCAUCUUUGGCUGGACAAGCAGAAGUUGUCAAAGUUCUCGUCAAGGAAGGAGCCAAUAUUAAUGCACAGUCUCAGAAUGGCUUCACUCCUUUAUACAUGGCUGCCCAAGAGAAUCACAUUGAUGUGGUGAAAUAUUUGCUGGAAAAUGGAGCUAAUCAGAGCACUGCUACUGAGGACGGCUUUACGCCCCUGGCGGUGGCGCUCCAGCAGGGUCACAACCAGGCAGUGGCCAUCCUCCUGGAGAACGACACCAAAGGGAAAGUGAGGCUGCCAGCUCUGCAUAUUGCAGCCAGGAAAGAUGACACCAAAUCUGCUGCCCUCCUGCUUCAGAACGAUCACAACGCUGACGUCCAAUCCAAGAUGAUGGUGAAUAGGACAACCGAGAGUGGAUUCACCCCCUUGCACAUCGCUGCCCACUAUGGAAACGUCAACGUGGCAACUCUUCUUCUAAACCGGGGAGCUGCUGUGGACUUCACAGCCAGGAAUGGGAUCACUCCUCUGCACGUGGCUUCCAAGAGGGGAAACGCAAGCAUGGUGAAGCUCUUACUGGAUCGCGGUGCUCAGAUUGACGCCAAAACUCGCGAUGGGUUGACACCUCUUCAUUGUGCUGCAAGGAGUGGGCAUGACCAAGUGGUGGAGCUUCUGCUGGAGCGGGGCGCUCCCUUGCUGGCAAGGACAAAGAAUGGGCUGUCCCCACUUCACAUGGCUGCACAGGGGGACCACGUGGAAUGUGUGAAGCACCUGCUCCAGCACAAGGCGCCUGUUGAUGACGUCACCUUGGACUACUUGACGGCCCUCCACGUUGCCGCACACUGUGGCCACUACCGUGUAACCAAACUUCUCCUGGACAAGAGAGCCAACCCGAACGCCAGAGCCCUGAAUGGUUUUACUCCACUGCACAUUGCCUGCAAGAAAAACCGCAUCAAAGUCAUGGAACUGCUGGUGAAAUAUGGGGCUUCAAUCCAAGCUAUAACAGAGUCUGGCCUCACACCAAUACAUGUGGCUGCCUUCAUGGGCCACUUGAACAUUGUCCUCCUUCUGCUGCAGAACGGAGCCUCUCCAGAUGUCACUAACAUUCGUGGGGAGACGGCCCUGCACAUGGCCGCCCGAGCAGGCCAGGUGGAAGUGGUGCGAUGCCUCCUGAGGAACGGCGCCCUCGUCGACGCCAGAGCCAGGGAGGAACAGACGCCUUUGCAUAUUGCCUCCCGCCUGGGUAAGACAGAAAUUGUUCAGCUGCUUCUACAACACAUGGCUCAUCCAGAUGCGGCCACUACAAAUGGGUACACGCCGCUGCACAUCUCUGCCAGGGAAGGACAGGUGGACGUGGCCUCGGUCCUCCUGGAAGCGGGGGCAGCCCACUCCUUGGCGACCAAGAAGGGUUUUACCCCCUUGCACGUUGCUGCCAAGUACGGGAGCCUGGAUGUGGCAAAACUUCUCUUGCAACGCCGUGCUGCCGCAGAUUCUGCGGGGAAGAAUGGCCUUACCCCGCUCCAUGUCGCUGCUCAUUAUGACAACCAGAAGGUGGCGCUGCUGUUACUGGAGAAGGGUGCUUCCCCCCACGCCACGGCCAAGAAUGGCUACACUCCUUUACAUAUUGCUGCCAAGAAGAAUCAAAUGCAGAUAGCUUCCACACUCCUGAACUACGGAGCAGAGACGAACAUCGUGACGAAGCAAGGAGUCACCCCACUCCAUCUGGCCUCGCAGGAAGGACACACGGAUAUGGUCACCUUGCUUCUGGAGAAGGGAGCCAAUAUCCACAUGUCAACCAAGAGUGGACUCACAGCUUUACACCUGGCAGCCCAGGAAGAUAAAGUGAAUGUCGCUGAUAUUCUCACUAAGCAUGGCGCUGACCAGGAUGCUCACACAAAGCUUGGCUACACUCCUUUAAUUGUGGCCUGUCACUAUGGAAACGUGAAAAUGGUCAACUUCCUUCUGAAGCAGGGAGCAAAUGUCAAUGCAAAAACCAAGAAUGGCUACACGCCUUUGCACCAGGCCGCCCAGCAGGGCCACACGCACAUCAUCAACGUCUUGCUGCAGCACGGGGCCAAGCCCAACGCCACCACCGCGAAUGGCAACACUGCCUUGGCGAUAGCUAAGCGUCUGGGCUACAUCUCGGUGGUGGACACCCUGAAGGUUGUCACGGAGGAGGUCACCACCACCACCACGACUAUCACUGAAAAACACAAGCUAAAUGUUCCUGAGACCAUGACUGAGGUUCUUGAUGUUUCUGAUGAAGAGGGUGAUGACACAAUGACAGGUGAUGGGGGCGAGUACCUUAGGCCCGAGGACCUGAAGGAGCUGGGUGACGACUCCCUGCCCAGCAGCCAGUUCCUGGACGGCAUGAAUUACCUACGAUACAGCUUGGAGGGAGGCCGCUCUGACAGCCUUCGGUCCUUCAGUUCCGACAGGUCUCACGCCCUGAGCCAUGCCUCCUACCUGAGGGACAGCGCCGUGAUCGACGACACGGUUGUGAUCCCCAGUCACCAGGUGACAACUCUAGCCAAGGAGGCAGAAAGGAAUUCUUAUCGUCUAAGCUGGGGCACUGAGAACUUAGACAACGUGGCUCUUUCUUCCAGCCCUAUUCAUUCAGGUUUCCUGGUUAGUUUUAUGGUGGAUGCCCGAGGUGGUGCCAUGCGGGGAUGCAGACACAACGGGCUCCGCAUCAUUAUUCCGCCUCGGAAAUGUACUGCCCCAACACGAGUCACCUGCCGACUGGUCAAACGCCAUAGACUGGCGACGAUGCCUCCCAUGGUGGAAGGAGAAGGCCUGGCCAGUCGUCUGAUUGAAGUCGGACCCUCUGGUGCUCAGUUCCUUGGUAAACUUCACCUGCCAACGGCUCCUCCCCCACUUAAUGAGGGAGAAAGUUUGGUCAGCCGCAUCCUUCAGCUGGGGCCUCCUGGAACCAAAUUCCUUGGGCCUGUGAUCGUGGAGAUCCCUCAUUUCGCUGCCCUGCGAGGAAAGGAGAGGGAGCUGGUGGUCCUGCGCAGUGAGAACGGGGACAGCUGGAAAGAGCAUUACUGUGAAUACACGGAGGAUGAGCUGAAUGAAAUCCUGAAUGGCAUGGAUGAAGUGCUGGAUAGCCCGGAAGACCUAGAAAAGAAACGGAUCUGCCGCAUCAUCACCCGUGACUUCCCACAAUACUUUGCGGUGGUGUCUCGGAUCAAGCAGGACAGCAACCUCAUUGGUCCAGAGGGAGGCGUGCUGAGCAGCACCGUGGUGCCCCAGGUGCAGGCCGUCUUCCCCGAGGGGGCGCUAACCAAGCGGAUCCGUGUUGGCCUACAGGCUCAACCUAUGCACAGUGAGUUGGUUAAGAAGAUUCUGGGCAACAAAGCUACCUUCAGCCCUAUAGUCACUUUGGAACCUAGAAGAAGAAAAUUUCACAAGCCAAUUACCAUGACCAUUCCUGUCCCCAAAGCUUCAAGUGAUGUCAUGUUGAAUGGUUUUGGGGGAGAUGCACCAACCUUAAGAUUACUAUGCAGCAUCACAGGUGGAACCACCCCUGCUCAGUGGGAAGAUAUUACAGGAACUACGCCAUUAACAUUUGUCAAUGAAUGUGUUUCCUUUACAACCAAUGUGUCUGCCAGGUUCUGGCUGAUCGAUUGUCGACAAAUUCAGGAAUCUGUUACCUUUGCAUCACAAGUGUAUAGAGAAAUUAUCUGUGUACCAUACAUGGCCAAAUUUGUAGUGUUUGCCAAAUCACAUGACCCCAUUGAAGCCAGGUUGAGGUGUUUCUGCAUGACUGAUGAUAAAGUGGAUAAGACCCUGGAACAACAAGAAAACUUUUCUGAGGUGGCCAGAAGCAGGGAUGUGGAGGUCCUAGAAGGAAAACCCAUCUAUGUUGAUUGUUUUGGCAACCUGGUGCCAUUAACCAAGAGUGGCCAACAUCAUAUAUUCAGUUUUUUUGCCUUCAAAGAAAACAGACUUCCUCUCUUUGUCAAGGUACGUGAUACAACUCAGGAACCUUGCGGACGACUAUCAUUUAUGAAAGAGCCAAAAUCUACGAGAGGCCUGGUGCACCAAGCUAUUUGCAACUUAAACAUCACCCUGCCAGUUUAUACAAAGGAAUCAGAGUCAGAUCAAGAACAGGAGGAAGAGAUCGAUAUGACAUCAGAAAAAAAUGAUGAGACAGAAUCUACAGAAACAUCUGUCCUGAAAAGUCACCUCGUUAAUGAAGUUCCUGUCCUGGCAAGUCCGGACUUGCUCUCUGAAGUUUCUGAGAUGAAACAAGAUUUGAUCAAAAUGACCGCCAUCUUGACCACAGAUGGAUCUGAUAGGGCAGGUUCCAUCAAAGUGAAGGAGCUGGUGAAGGCUGCCGAGGAAGAGCCAGGGGAGCCUUUUGAAAUUGUUGAAAGAGUUAAAGAGGACUUAGAGAAGGUGAACGAAAUCCUGAGAAGCGGAACCUGCACAGGAGAUGAAGGCAGUGUGCCGAGGUCUCAGCCAGAGAGAGAGUUAGUGGAAGAGGAGUGGGUCAUUGUCAGUGAGGAGGAGAUAGAGGAGGCUAAGCGGAAAGCAUCUUCAGAGAUCACCGAAUACCCAUGUGUAGAGGUUAGACUAGAGAGAGAGACCAAAGCAGAAGUAGAGAAAGACUCAACGGGGCUAGUGAACUACCUUACUGAGGAUCUAAAUUCCUACGUGCCUCCUCACGAAGAGCAGCCCCAGAGGGAGCGAGGUAUGGUGGGGGAGAAGCGUGAGGCUCAGGGUCCCCGCAGGCGCUCAGAAAGCGAAGGCAAAGAUGCACCCUCAGAGGAGACGCAGAGUACCCAGAAACAGCCCAAACCAAGCCUGGGGAUAAAGAAGCCGGUGAGAAGGAAAUUAAAGGAGAAACAGAAGCAGAAAGAGGAUGGUUCACCAGCUAGUGCAGAAAAAACAGAAGUUAAAAAAGGUAGUUCAGAAGAGUCAUUAGAUGAAGACACAGGCUCAGCCCCCGAGCCUCUUCCCGCCGUCAAAGCUACGUCACCUUUGAUCGAGGAAACGCCCAUUGGUUCCAUAAAGGACAAGGUGAAGGCCCUUCAGAAACGAGUGGAAGAUGAGCAGAAAGGUCGAAGCAAGCUGCCUGUCAGAGUCAAAGGCAAAGAGGAUGUGCCAAAAAAGAUAACCCAAAGGACACAUUUGGCUGCAUCCCCCUCUCUGAAGUCAGAGAGGCACGCGCCAGCAUCCGCCGCCUCUAGAACAGAGAAACACACUUCUCUUUCCUCCCCUGCCAAAACAGAAAGGCACCCUCCGCUAUCACCGUCGGGUAAGAACGAGAAGCACUCACCCGUGUCACCCUCCGCGAAGACGGAAAGGCACUCACCGGUGUCACCCUCCGCGAAGACGGAAAGGCACUCACCCGUGUCAUCCUCAAGUAAAACCGACAAACCCUCACCCGUGUCACCCUCGACCAAAACUGAAAGACACCCCCCGGUGUCCUCUUCUGCAAAAACAGAAAGACACCCACCUGUUUCGCCGUCAGGUAAGACAGACAAACGCCCCCCUGGAUCUCCCUCUGGGAGAAUCGAGAAACAUCCGCCAGUAUCUCCUGGCAGAACAGAGAAACGCUUGCCGGUGUCACCCGCGGGAAGGAUGGAAAAGCAUUCUCCUGUCUCAAGCUCCGGGAAGACUGAGAAGCACCUGCCAGUGUCACCUUCUGGGAAAACAGACAAACAACCACCUGUCUCCCCCACCUCAAAAACAGAAAGAAUCGAGGAGACCAUGUCUGUUCGGGAGCUGAUGAAAGCUUUCCAGUCAGGUCAGGACCCAUCGAAACAUAAGACCGGACUCUUUGAGCACAAAUCUGCAAAACAAAAACAGCCACAAGAAAAAGGCAGAGGUCGGCUGGAAAAGGAAAAGGGACCGACAGUAACCCCAAGAGAAACGCAGAAAAUGGAGAGUCAGACAAUCAAACGAGGCCAGAGGUUCCUGGUCACAGGACUCUCAGAGCCCAGAAGAGCAGUCCGUGCUUCCUCCACAGGGUUUAAGAGAGAAGAUGGGGCUGGAGAAAAGGAGAAAUCUCUCAACCACAGAACACCCGAACCUGUUCAGCCAGUGCCUGAAGAAGAAAGCCAUAAAGAUAGCGAAGUCCCCAAAGAAAAGCUGGCUGACGACCAGGGAGACAUGGAUCUCCAGAUCAGCCCAGACCGGAAAACCUCCACUGACUUUUCUGACGUCAUUAAGCAAGAACUGGAAGACAAUGAUAAAUACCAGCAGUUCCGUAUGAGUGAGGAGCCUGAGAAGGCACAGCUUCACUUAGACCAAGUGCUCACUAGUCCUUUCAACACAACAUUUCCACUAGAUUACAUGAAAGAUGAGUUCCUCCCAGCCCUGUCUUUGCAGAGUGGCGCUUUACAUGGCAGUUCUGAGAGCCUGAAGCCUGAAGGGGUGGCCGAUUCUCCGUGUGGCAGCCUGAUGGAAGGGACCCCUCAGAUUAGUUCAGAGGAAAGCUAUAAGCAUGAGGGCCUAGCCGAGACCCCCGAGACAAGCCCAGAGAGCCUUGCCUUCUCGCCAAAGAAAAGUGAGGAGCAGAUUGGGGAAACACGUGAAGCUACCGAGUUAGAACCACCACCAGAAAGUCAUUCCGAAAAAGGACAUCCCUCAACCAAAGAUGUUGCCGACGGUUCUGAAGGGCAAGGUGCUGCAGUCACCGAGGCCGCAGAGUCCUCUGCUGAGUGUCAGCUGACAGAGGCCACCCCAGACCCUUCCAAAGACAUGUGCCCCCCACAAGAAGGUGACAGCCUUGGUGGUCAAAGUGUAUCAUUAGCAAAAGAAACACCUGAAGGGCUGACUGAGGUAGUGACCUGUGACGAAGGUCCACUUGCACACAUUAGUCCAGCCUAUGAGACGCAAACUGAUACCAAAGCUCAGGAAUCCACAGCCACCAAGCCCUCAGAGGAGGCAGAGGCCUCGCAGUUGUCCGAGGCUGCUGUAAAGGCAGGCUCAGGGACUGAAUCAAAGCCCCAGGCAGCCAUUAGAAGUCCCCAAGGGUUAGAACUUGCACUCCCUAGCCGCGAGAGUGAGGUUUUCAGCCCCGGGGCUGAUGAAUCCUUCGCUGUGAGCCACAAAGACUCCCUGGAGGCCAGCCCUGUGCUGGAAGAUAACUCCUCACACAAAACUCCCGAUUCUCUGGAACCGAGUCCUCUGAAGGAAUCCCCUUGCCGUGACUCUCUUGAAAGCAGCCCUGUUGAACCAAAGAUGAAGGCUGGAAUCCUCCCAAGUCACUUUCCUCUUCCUUCAGCUGCUGCCAAGACCGAGCUCUUCACGGAAGUGGCCUCUGUGCGGUCCCGGCUCCUCCGAGACCCCGACGGCAGUGCCGAGGAUGACAGCCUCGAGCAGACGUCACUCAUGGAGAGCUCGGGCAAGAGCCCCCUUUCCCCAGACACCCCCAGCUCUGAAGAAGUUAGCUAUGAGGUCACGCCCAAAACCACAGACACAGGCACCCCAAAACCGGCUGUGAUUCCUGAAUGUGCGGAGGAGGACGACUCAGAAAAUGGGGAGAAAAAGAGGUUCACGCCGGAAGAGGAAAUGUUUAAAAUGGUGACCAAAGUCAAAACGUUUGAUGAACUUGAGCAAGAGGCAAAGCAGAAAAGGGACUACAAAAGGGAACCCAAGCAGGAGGAAUCUUCUUCAUCCUCUGAUGCAGAUGUCGACUGUUCAGCAGACACGGAUGAACCAAAACACACAGAAAGUGUGGAGGAUGAAAGUGAUGCUCCUGUGGUAGUGACAACAGAGGGCAGGAAGACUUCUUCCUCCUCAGAAAGUGAACCUGAGUUGACACAGCUGAAGAAAGGUGCUGACUCAGGCCUCUUGGCAGAGCCAGUUAUUCGUGUGCAGCCUCCUUCCCCACUUCCAUCCAGCAUAGACUCAAAUUCCAGUCCUGAAGAAAUACAAUUCCAGCCUAUCGUUUCCAAACAAUACACUUUUAAGAUGAAUGAAGAUGCUCAGGAAGAUUCAGAUAAAUCAGAAGAAAAAGAUGAUAAAUCUUGCUUACCUGAAGACAGUCAUGCUCCUGCCACUGAUGGGCCAGAGAUAUCUUAUGAUGAUCUGAAUGGAGAUACUUAUCAACCAAAACUUUGUGAUAGCCUUGGGUGUGAGAUUGGGAGUUCUAGCAACUCAGCCGUUCCUGUCUCUUCGGGUCUCCGCAGUUCCCCUAGUGAUGAUGUCAGUGAGCAGCUAGUUAUCCAUAAGGAAUCACUAGCUCUCCAAGACACUGGUGUGAAAGACCUAGAAGAGGAGCUUGAUAUUCCUGGAGUCGAAUCUCCACAAGCAGAUCCCCCCAGUGAAAGCUCUUCAUCUUUCUCCUCUUUACCUCUCUGUCCAGCAUCUGAAGCAAAAGGAUUAGAUGAAGACAUGGUCUCUACAGCUUCUGCUACAGAAAUGGAGGUCACAAAAACUGACCAAGCUUUUGAGAGCUUACCAGAGGACUGUUCCACUCAAGAUUCACUCAUUACUACUCAAACUGAUAGAUCAUCCUUGGAUGUUCCAGUGUCAGACCUAACAGAGACUGAUGAAAUCUAUGAUCCUCAAAUCAUAAGCCCUUAUGAAAAUGUUCCUUCUCAAUCUUUUUUCUCUGGUGAAGAAAGCAAAACCCAAACAGAUACAAGACACACAAGUUUUCAUUCUUCUGAAGAGUAUUCUGUUAGCAUCACAUCCUCUGUUGAAGCGGUAGUAGAGACAAGCUCCUCUGAUGAAACUGUUUCAAGUAAAGAAUCUAAUUUUGAAGAUCAGGUCUUGGAAGUAGAAUCCAAACAAGAGAGUACCUUGCAGGAAACACAGUCAGAUGGAGCCUCCUCGUCUAUGGAGCCAACUGCACCAAAAACAUCAACAGUUGUUGGUGAACAAAUAAGCAAAGUCAUCAUCACAAAAACUGAUGUGGAUUCUGAUUCCUGGAGUGAAAUUCGUGAGGAUGACGAAGCCUUUGAGGCUCGGGUGAAAGAGGAAGAACAGAAGAUAUUUGGUUUGAUGGUAGACAGACAAUCGCAGGGUACCACCCCUGACACCACUCCUGCUAGGACCCCAACUGAAGAGGGGACCCCAACCAGUGAGCAAAAUCCAUUUCUCUUUCAGGAAGGAAAAUUGUUUGAGAUGACCCGAAGUGGUGCCAUUGAUAUGACCAAAAGGUCCUAUGCUGAUGAAAGCUUUCACUUUUUCCAAAUUGGGCAAGAAUCCAGGGAAGAGACUCUCUCACAAGACAUGAAAGAAGGGGGCACAGGUUCUGAGCCCCCACAGGCGGAAACAUCAGCUGAGUCAUUAACACUCUCAGAAUCAAAAGAAACAGUGGACGAUGAAGCAGAGUUACUCCCAGAUGACCUGAGUGAGGAGGUAGAAGAAAUACACACUUCAGAUACCCCACUUAGCUCCCAAAUAGACAUUUCAGCCUCCAUAGAAACAUCCAUGAAAGAGGCUCCUUCUACAGGGCUUGAGGACCUACCCACCAGGCACAUGGGUGAUUCCAUUCCUCUGUCCAGUGUGAAGCAGCCAACUUGCCCUGACUUCCCUGAACAAGUUGUACACGUUCAGUUAGAUUUUCCCACAGUCACUAGGUCUGUAUAUUCAGAUCGAGGUGAUGAUUCUCCCGAUUCCUCCCCAGAGGAACAGAAAUCAGUCAUUGAAAUCCCUACUGCACCCAUGGAGAAUGUGCCUUCUACUGAGAGCAAAUCCAAAACCCCUGUAAGGACUAUCCCCACUUCAACCUCAAUACCUCCAUCGGCAGAAUAUGAGAGUUCCCUUUCUGAAGAUUCGCUACCCAGCCUGGAUGAGGAAGGUAAAGAAGAUGAAGCAAAACCACCCAGCCUGGAUGAGGAAGGUAAAGAAGAUGAAGCAAAACCAAAGUCUAAAAUCCCCGUGAAAGCACCUGCCCAAAGAGUGGAGCAGCAACCUUCACAUCUAGACUCACCUCUGAAGAAGACAGAUGGUCCCCAGGGACAGGACUUGACAAGCAGCACACCAGAUGAUAGAAGCAAAUCUGAAUCCGAUGCCAGUUUGGACGUGAAGACCAAAUGUCCAGUAAAAAUGAGAAGUUAUAUUGAGACAGAAAUAGAAAGCACAGGUGAGGAAGAGGAGCUUGAGUUAGAAUCAGAGGAAGGGGUCACAAGACCAAAGAUAUUUGCAUCCCGAUUGCCAGUAAAGAGCAAAAGCACCACAUCUUCCUGCAGGGGGCCCACAAGCCCCACAAAAGACAAUAAGGAGCAUUUCUUUGAUCUUUACAGGAACUCCAUAGAAUUCUUUGAGGAGAUUAGUGAUGAAGCUUCCAAGUUAGUGGAUAGACUUACACAGUCAGAAAGGGAGCAAGAUUUAGUUUCAGAUGAUGAAAGUAGUAGUGCCCUGGAAGUUUCAGUAAUUGAAAAUCUGCCACCUGUUGAGACCGAGAACUCAAUUCCCGAGGACAUCUUUGACACAAGGCCCAUUUGGGAUGAGUCCAUUGAGACUCUGAUUGAACGCAUCCCUGAUGAAAAUGGCCAUGACAAUGCUGAAGAUCAACAGGAUGAGCAGGAACGGAUUGAGGAAAGGCUGGCAUAUAUUGCAGAUCACCUUGGCUUCAGCUGGACAGAAUUAGCAAGAGAACUGGACUUCACUGAAGAGCAAAUUCAUCAAAUUCGAAUUGAGAACCCUAACUCCCUCCAGGAUCAGAGUCAUGCACUAUUGAAGUACUGGCUAGAAAGGGAUGGGAAACAUGCAACAGAUACCAGUCUAAUUGAAUGUCUCACCAAGAUCAACCGAAUGGAUAUUGUUCAUCUCAUGGAGACCAGCACAGAAUCUCUCCAGGAGCGCAUCAGUCAUAGCUAUGCAGAGAUUGAGCAGACCAUUGCACUGGAUCAUAGUGAAGGGUUCUCAGUGCUGCAAGAGGAGCUACGCACUGCCCAGCACAAACAGAAAGAGGAGCAUGCUGCUUCUAAAGAGGACGAGACCUCUGACCACCCUCCCAUCGUCUCAGAGGAAGACAUUUCUGUUGGUUACUCCACUUUUCAGGAUGGCAUCCCCAAAACUGAGGGCGAUGGCUCCACAACAGAGCUCCUUCCCCAGACUCACAAGGAGCAAGUUCAACAGGAUUUCUCAGGGAAAAUGCAAGACCUGCCUGAGGAGUCAUCUCUUGAACAGCAAGAAUACUUCGUGACAACCCCAGGGACAGAAAUGUCAGAGACUCUGAAGGCCGCGGGAACAUCUGGCUCCCCCGCCAAGACACCCGAGGAAAUUGUCACCCCUCCCGAGGAGGAGAGGCUGUAUCUCCAGACCCCGACGUCGAGUGAGCGGGGAGGCUCUCCAGUCGUGCAGGAACCUGAGGAGCCCCCCGAAUGCAGGGAGGAGAGUUCACCUCGGAAAAGCAGCCUCGUGAUCGUGGAGUCGGCCGAGGACCAGCCGCAGGCCUUCGAGAGGCUUGAUGAAGAUGAUGCUUUUCAAAAGGAGCUAACAGAGGAAUUAGGUGAGCUGGAGGCCAGCUCAGAUGAGGAGGCGAUGGUAACAACCAGGGUUGUCCGCCGACGAGUGAUUAUUCAGGGAGAUGAUAUGCCUGACAUACCCCCAGAAACAGUCACAGAAGAAGAAUACAUCGAUGAGCAUGGACACACCGUGGUAAAGAAGGUUACUAGGAAAAUCAUCAGGCGGUUCAUCUCCUCUGACGGCACAGAGAAAGAAGAGAUAACGAUGCAGGGAACACCGCAGGAUUCUAUCAAUAUUGAAGAAGGGGAUGGCUAUUCCAAAGUCAUAAAGCGCAUUGUAUUGAAGAGUGACACCGAGCAGUCAGAGGUGACUUUGUCUGAGCCCAGCAUUUUGUCCAGCACCUCACAAUUUCAGGCUGAACCAGUGGAAGGCCGUAGAGUCAGCAAAGUUGUUAAGACCACUAUGGUACAUGGAGAGAGGAUGGAGAAACAUCUGGGGGAUUCUAGUUUAGCCACUGAUCUUCCUUCUGCCAAAGAUGACUUUGAAGAGGCUCUGAGUUACACAGGUAGCCACAUGAAAGUCUACUCCCCCAGUUUAGUAGAGAAUGAAGUCCUGAAGGAGGAUGGAUCAAUAAUUAGAAGAAUCCUUUUUCGAAAUCUCAUGAGUCAUUUAAAUAGGAGAGCCAUGUUUAAAAGAAAGAAGUCCAGAGAUGGCUGUAGUUGUUCUGAUAGCCCAGUACAGAAGCGUCGACAGACAACAAUGAGUAAAGCUAGAACCCAGAAGAGGGCUGUGGUGAAGGACCAGCAGGGAAAACGCAUUUACUUGGAGCACCUGGAGGAUGUCCCAGAAGCACUAGACCAGGACGACCUCCAGCACGACCUCCAGCAACUCCUUCGGCAUUUCUGCAAGGAGGACUCAAAGCAAGAGGCCCAGUGAGGGGCUGCCCAAUUCUCACACCAGAAACCACACAUUCACUCAAUAUGCAACUUCCCGUUUCAUUAGAGGAGUGACCUAACUGGCCUGAUUAAUGGGAUACCCUGACGUUUCACUUUUAGCAAACAUGCGGCAUUUGGUUUGAGUUUUUCCCCAUCCUCUUUAACUGUAAGCUAAUUUGUGACCAAAGAUAGCAUCCCUCAUUCUGGAUGCUGUGUCCGCAACUUUGUUGUGUCUGUGCUUACCUGGGACCUGGCCACCGCCAUUGUUCUUCUUGGCUUCUGCACAAGCUCCAUGAAAAUCCAUUCAACGGGAGAACUUCACCUGCAGACCUCUUCAGAUGAUGACACAUAGGAAUCCUUCCAAGAGAUACCCGUGUACGAUGUAUAUAGCUAGUGCUCAGACGAACACUACAUUAAAAUUAAAACCACUGCCUAUCCUGACUACACUGGGCAUCACGGAGUAAAAGGCCUCUAGAGGAAUUGCUGAACUAUGGUUCAUUAAGAUAUUGCUAACACAAUCGAAUGGUAAUACAGUUCUACCACAAAAGAAGCACUUCAGACCUACCAUGUCCUUAGAAUUUCCACAGUAGCCCUGGCUCCUAGUUAAAGAUGGGUCAUAACCUUGAAGAACUGUCCUGACUAAGCACUUCCUGCUGGUGCUGGCCAGCCAUGAUUUAUGACUCUCCAGCCGUCACCGAGGGCGGGGAGGCGGGGAGCCAAGGCAACGAGAUGAAGCAGUGAGGUGUUCAGUUGCCAGCAGCAGCAUCCCACAGCUGUCUAGCAUCUUCAGGUCCUUUAGAUUGGGGACGUGUUGGCAGGGUAUUUUGAAAAGCUAUAACUACUGUAGUUUUCCAGUUUUCAUUGCUGCUUUAGCAAACCACGCUGUCUUAUUGGUGGUACUCUCUCCUGGCCACUGCACUGUAGAUAAUUCAUCGGAAGCAAGAUUUGCCCAACACAAAUGGUUGAACUCCUUCACCAUGUUGAAGUGAUUUCUUUCUUUCUUUUUUUUUUUCCCUCCAGGUUUAUAUCUUCUCUAAUACCUGCAUGUAGCAUUUAAGAAUCAAACCACAAACCCCUCUUCUAAUCACAUCGAUGGUUUUCAUUCUUUUUACCCUCAGCAAGCACUUUUCACUUUUCUGCUAGGUCUGUUUUUUAGCUUGCAGACGAGAUUGAGAAAUCCUGAAAAAUUUGGUUUGGGUUUAAAAUUUUUAGUUUAUUUAUUUGAAAUCCAAACUCCCUUGAAAACUCUGAAGUGCAUUUGUGCACUUUGCUGUCUGUUUGUUUCAAAGAAGGGACUUUAAUCAUCUGAGUGAUUUCCAUGUCCUAUUCCUCAUUCCUCUAGUGGUUGAAGCUGUGUAGCAUUUUAACAUAUAUAUAUUCACAAAUAUAUUCAUAUAAACAGUAUACAUUUUGAAUCAGUUAUUUGUUAAAGAAAAGUAUAUUCAAUGAAGAUGAAAUUUAAAAAUUUUAAAAACCAGAGUCUAUCCUCCAGGGAUUGAACAUUUUCCAAUUCUAUCUGGUCUUUUCCUGUUGUGCAAAAAUGACUCAUUGUUCCGAAAGAUGACAAACAAUGGUACUUCAUCAUUUCAAGUAAUGUUGCCAAGAGAGAAAAUUUCCUGGGAGGGAGGUUUCCCACAAGCCAAAUCUCCUAAGCCUCAAAUGAUAGCACUUUUUGGCAAUUGGAUAGGAAAUAAAGCAUUCUUUGGCAGCCAAAAUGAGGGAGGCCAGCGGUGAAACUUUUUGAGCACACCAUGGCCUUCUUGUCCAAACCUUCACUGGAGCUCAAGAAAAGCAUUUCUGUUGUGUUAUUUGCAGUGCAGAUGAUGUCUGUGUAACAACAUAAUGGUUAUUCACCUUUUUUUUUUUUUUUUUUUUGGUUUUGAUUUUUGCUGUGUAAUCAAAAAACUUGAAUACUGUGAGAAGAAGUGAAUUUUCAGUUGAUGAAUCAGCAUCUUGUUCCCAUGGUGAUAACACUAAUUGAAUAUAUCUAUGAGGGCAUGUAUUAGUUAACGGAAAAAAAUACAACACUAACAAUACAUAGCUGCAAUGUGUACAAUGGCUGAUUUAAUUAAAUAAAAUGUACAAGUGUUAAAUGUG